UUCCGGUGUCCUGAAGGUUCUCGGGCUCCGCGCCGUGAGUUGCUCGCGUCGGGGGAAGUAGUCAGCGCCGGGUCAGAAGCCGCAGCCAGUGUGGGGGUGACUUCGGGAAGCGCCCGAGGUGAGGAGGCCCGGUUAGCGGACUGGGUGUGUCGCGUUCGGAGCCUCCAGCCUGUGUGUCCGCUAGCGGCUGAGCAGGAUGGUGCGUGGCAGGGCCGGGGUGUGCCUCCGUGAUGGUGUAUGCGAUUGGGAAUGUGUGCCCGGGUGAUGGGGUGCGUGGCCUUGUGGUUUUGCUUUGGCUGUGUGCUCUGGGGUCCCUCUAGACUUUCUUUGGGCCUGCCAAAGUUAAAUGCCCGCAAGAAAAGGGGUCCUACCCUAAGCCCUAGAGGGAACGUUUCACGCCAAGAAGGCAUAGGGCUAGUCUUGGGAUGAGAAUCGUACAUCCGGAAGUGUCCUCGUGACAUGCUUCUAGGAAGACGUGAUGGGGGAGGCCCCAGAGGUAAGGUUCGUAGAAGGGGCGCGCGUCUCGGAGCUCCUUGGGAGCCAGCUACAUGUUUCAGAGCAGCCAGACCUUCGUGCCCAGCAGUUGCUGUCAACUCAGGGACAGAUUGCAACCUUCCUUCCUUUCAAUUCCGUUGGGUUUUGUGUGGCUGAAGGUGAAUACGGCUCUAGGCGGUGUUUCGGUUUUCCUUUUUUGUUUUUUUGUUUUAGUUAGGUCUGUGCUCCAAGAAAUGCUGGUGUCUCACGAGUCUUUCGGUGUCCCCCUCCCUCACCCCCACCCCCACCCCCACUCCCACUGCUGCCGGGUUUCUAAGAAGGAUCCUGAGGAGGAGGGAAGAAUUGUUGCAUAUUUUGAAGUCAAGGAUCAGGACAAGGAAGACUAAAUUUACAUCGGAAUGAAGUUAAGGCUGCCAGCAACAAAGGCCAAGAAACAACUCAGGUAACCUGUCUUGGAAACUCAUAGGAAGCUCUGACUUUUCUGGAUUCUGUGCUUCACCAAUAGAGGAACCCCAUGGAUUAUUAAUUAGUUCUUGCAAUUCUAGAACCAUGACUGAUGUUAAGGUGCUGAUUGGCUGGCAUCUAGGAAAGAAGCCAGUCAGGAUACAAUGCCCUUAGACAGCUGGAUGGUCACCCAAGAGAACAAUUUCAGUUGCUUGUGCCUUCUCUGGAAGAGCUUUGGUGUUUACCUAGGACAUAUCCAUGGGCUUGGUGACUUUCAGGGAUGUGGCCAUCGACUUCUCUCAGGAGGAGUGGGAGUGCCUGGACCCUGCUCAGAGGGACUUGUACGUGGAUGUGAUGUUGGAGAACUAUAGUAACUUGGUCUCAUUGGAUUUGGAGUCAACAUAUGCAACCAAAAAUAAAAUUUCAGAAAAAGACAUUUUUGAAAUACAUUUUUCCCAAUGGGAGAGGACGGAAAGAAGUAAAACUCUUGGCCUUGAGGCAUUCAUUUUCAAAAAUAAUUCUAAGUGCAAAAGCAAAUUGGAGGGGCUACAGGGACAUCAAGAGGCAUACUUUAGUCAAAUGAUAAUUAGCUAUGAAAAAAUGCCCACUUACAGAAAAAGCAAAUCUUUUAGUGCACAUCAAAGAAUUCAUAAUAGAGAGAAACGCUAUAUUUGUAAGGAAUGUGGGAAGGCUUGCAGUCAUGGGUCAAAACUUGUUCAACAUGAGAGAACUCAUACGACUGAAAAACACUUUGAAUGUAGUGAAUGUGGGAAGGACUUUUUUAGUGCCUAUCAACUUACUGUGCAUCAGAGAUUUCAUACUGGUGAGAAACCCUACGAAUGUAAGGAAUGUGGGAAGACCUUUAGUUGGGGAUCUAGUCUUGUUAAACAUGAAAGAAUCCAUACUGGUGAGAAACCCUAUGAAUGUAAAGAAUGUGGGAAGGCUUUCAGUCGUGGCUACCACCUCACUCAACAUCAGAAAAUUCAUAUUGGUGUGAAAUCUUACAAAUGUAAGGAAUGUGGGAAGGCCUUUUUUUGGGGCUCAAGCCUUGCUAAACAUGAGAUAAUUCAUACAGGUGAGAAACCUUAUAAAUGUAAAGAAUGUGGGAAGGCCUUCAGUCGUGGUUAUCAACUUACUCAGCAUCAGAAAAUUCAUACUGGCAAGAAGCCUUAUGAAUGUAAAGUAUGUGGAAAGGCUUUUUGUUGGGGCUAUCAACUUACUCGACAUCAGGUAUUUCAUACUGGCAAGAAACCCUAUGAAUGUAAGGAAUGUGGGAAGACCUUUAAUUGUGGCUCAAGUCUUAUUCAACAUGAGAGAAUCCAUACUGGCGAGAAACCUUAUGGAUGUAAAGAAUGUGGGAAGGCCUUCAGUCGUGGCUAUCACCUCACUCAACAUCAGAAAAUCCAUACUGGUGAAAAACCUUUUGAAUGUAAGGAAUGUGGGAAGGCUUUUAGUUGGGGUUCAAGCCUUGUUAAACAUGAGAGAAUCCAUACUGGUGAGAAGUCCUAUGAAUGUAAAGAAUGUGGGAAGGCCUUUGGUAGUAGCUAUCAACUUACUCGACAUCAGAUAUUUCAUACUGGUGAGAAGCCCUAUGAAUGUAAGGAAUGUGGGAAGACCUUUAAUUGCGGCUCGAGUCUUGUUCAACAUGAGAGAAUCCAUACUGGCGAGAAACCUUAUGAAUGUAAAGAAUGUGGGAAGGCUUUCAGUCGUGGCUAUCAUCUUACGCAACAUCAGAAAAUCCAUACUGGUGAGAAACCUUUUAAGUGUAAGGAAUGUGGGAAGGCCUUUAGUUGGGCUUCAAGCCUUGUUAAACAUGAGAGAAUCCAUACUGGUGAGAAGUCCUAUGAAUGUAAGCAAUGUGGGAAGGCCUUUGGUAGUGGCUAUCAACUUACUGUUCAUCAGAGAUUUCAUGCUGGUGAGAACGCUUAUCAAUGUAAGGAAUUUGGGAAGACCUUUGUUAAUGGCUCAAACCUGGUUCAACAUGAGAGAACUCAUAGUAAUGAUAAACCUUAUGAAUAUAAAGAAUGUGGGGAAGCCUUUAUAUGGACAACUUAAAUGAGACAAUUGAUACUGAUGAAACUUCAUGAUUGAAGAGAUGUGAACACAUUUUUUAUGUGUACGAACAAUACAAGGAGAAUCUUACUCUUGAGAAAACUUAUAAAUGCAGCGAAUGUGUAAAACCUUUA